AUUUAUUUGACUUUAUAAUUAUUUAAUAAUAAAAAAUACAAUUUUAAUGUAAAUUAUAAAUUAUUAUUUAACCAUAUGCCUUUUAUGAUUUAUAAGUCAUAAAACCUUAAUAAAUCAUUUCAGCAAAUCUGCAUGUUUGAAAGACACCAUGCACAUUUAAAAAAGCCGCGUCGGCACUUUCCCGUUUCAUUUCGAUGAGGUUGGCUGUACCGAAAUUCCGCCAUGUUGGAUUUCUAGUCAUAUCUUAUAUGAAAACACUUGUACACUUCCUUCUUCGCGCGUGAGGGUAUAUCUUCACGAAGCAAUUUCUCACGGCAUUUCGCUUCUUUCUUCUCGCCGUUAAAUGUCGCAUAAUCGCGACUGUAUCGAGUAGUGCUGGUGAUCCUGCGACAUCUACUGGCACGAACGAGAAAGACGCAAAAUGCCGUGAAAUAUUACAUUGAAAAACGCACGUGCGCAAUCUCUUUACAGAGACUAAGACGAUAAAAAACAUAAAUAUCACUGUUAAAGACCAUCACAAAGUAGCACAGUUACUAUUCAUUCGUGCAUACUGAUUGAUUGACAUCCGUCUUUCUUAACACUGCAGGAUUUGGUGUCGAUCACAGACGCUUUCGCACACGCAGGUUUUCUUGGGAUCGUGGAAAAGUUUUCAGUUUGCAUAACAGAUGGUGAAAACCAUGCACUGCGACGACGCAUCUCGUAGCCUGCGGGCAUCCAGUACUAUAACUGGCCAUAUUUCCUCUCUUUUCGUGUUCAGGCUUUGUAAGAUUGAUUCCGCUGAUUUCACACUAAGGUGUGAGGGUAUAUCUUCACGAGGGUCGAAGGAAUUGCAGUCUGAUCUCCUCCACUAGGAACGCUUGUUGGGAAAGUAUAUAUGCCUAUUCCAUGAGAUAUUCCAUUGUAAAGAUGGGCUCUCACGCGCCAAAAAAUAAGAACGCGAGUGAACGUUCCUUGAGAUAAUCUACCGGUAGGCCUUAAAGCGCAUAGUUAUAAAAAUCGCUGUAUAAGUUGCCGAAGUUACUCUAUGGCUUGCCUUGUUAUUACUAUGUUUGUUUACAAAAUAUGUUGAACUGAGUUUUUGUGUGUAUUAUUGUGUUAUGUUUGUUUUCUUUCUCGAGAGCGCCUAGAUUGAAGGAAAGCGACUUUAAGACGAGGAGUGAAUUUACAAUCGAGGCUAUUUGAACAUGGCAAAGUCAGUUGUUUCCAUAUUUUGGAAAGAUCACAGCAGUGAACUUGCCACUGUAUAUAGUAGUUUAUUGGAGAACAAUUAUUUGGUGGAUUGCACUCUAUCUGCUGAGGGUCAGAGCAUAAAAGCACAUCGACUGGUUUUAUGUGCAUGCAGUCCUUACUUUAAUUAUAACUUUCAUGACAUGCGUGAAAUAAUUCCAGGAGGCAGUGAUAUUAAGAAGUUUCAUCAGGAACUGAUGCUGUUUCACGAGGAAACAGAGGACCAUCCACAUAUCAUCAUCAUAGAUGAAUCAUUUGAAACACUGAAGGCAGUGAUUGAUUUUGUGUAUCGAGGGGAGAUCCAAAUUUCAGAAGGGGACCUGAAAGCAUUUAUGACCCUUGCUCAGUCCCUGCAGAUCAAGGGCUUAAAUGAUUUUCUUAAGGAUUAUAAGAAUAAGAAUCUAUACAGCAGUCGUAUUGAAAAUGAUACAAGAGGUCCAUUUAGGGGUAAUCAAGACACCUGUGAAGUUGAAAGCUUUAGUGUAAACCCCGAUUACAAUUCUGAAAUUUAUUCUCAGCAGGCUCUCCACCUUUUGGAUGGCCACCCAGAUACUAUGCACACAAAGACUUCAGUUCUUCUUGAAGGAUAUGAUGCUACUUGUGAGGAAGUGCAGUGUCCACAAGAAUAUCAGAAAGCUCAGGGAUGUGAAAAGGCAGAAAUGACGGUGAAAUGUGAAUCUCUGUUUGAAGGAUUUGUGGGAACAAGAAACAUGGUAUUGGAUAAUAUUAAAAGUGAAAAAUCAGUCUUUGGAAAUUUUAUGUGUGAAAUUAAUGAAGGAACUUCUGUAUUUGGUUGUAGUGAUUCUCAUGGAAACGUGGAAUUAUCAGUAGUACCUUCACAACAGCAUCAGCCUAAACAAUUGAGUGAAGUAUCUUUAGACCGAAAUGUUGCGGAGAAAGAUGAACUUUUACUGCCUACGAUUUUGGUUCCGAAAAGCAAACUAAUGGAUUAUCAAGGGAGUGAAGAAUCCAUGGAUGAUCCUGAUGAGCAAGGAAAUGAUACAAAAGAAACAUUUGAAGGAACAGUAGCUGUGCAGGAUGGACAAAAUUCUGACCAAUGCUCAAGAGCGGUGGGCCACCCAUCGGAGGACGAGGCAACGCGGGCGGCGGCGGGGGGCGGGCAGCGGCGGAGGAGACCGCAGGGCGCGAAGACUUCUGCUUCGCCCUCGGGGCGCCAGGUGCACGUGAGCCGCCAAGCCCGGAAGACUCUGUUGAGUUGCGGAGAGUGCCCCGCCUCCUUCACUUCCGUCAAUGGUCUCAAGUAUCACAUGCGCACGCACACGGGAGAACGUCCCUUUAGCUGCGAGGUGUGCGGUAAUGCAUUCAGCAAGAAAUCAACCCUCGCCUCUCACAAACGCACGCACACGGGAGAACGGCCGUAUACCUGUGACGUGUGUGGUAAAGGAUUCAGCAUGAAGUCAAACCUCGUCACUCACAUGCACACCCACACGGGAGAGCGUCCUUAUGCCUGCGACGUGUGCGGUAAGUCAUUCAGCAACAAAUCAAAUCUCGUUUCACAUAUGAAUACGCACACAGGAGAGCGUCCGUAUAGCUGUGAUAUGUGCGGUAAUACUUUCGCUAAUGCACACCACCUCAUCUAUCACAUCCGCACGCACACUGGAGAACGUCCGUACAGAUGCGAUAUUUGCUCUAAGGCUUUUACCCAGAAAUCAAACCUCGCCACUCACUUGCGUACACACACAGGAGAACGUCCGUAUCGCUGCGACACGUGCGGCUGUACGUUCAUACACCCGAGCUCUCUCGCGAAGCACAAGCGCACCCACAUAUGAGGUGGUCUGUGUGGUUGUAACGUACCAGCUUGCCUCGCCUCGCCAAGCACAAGUGCCGCACACAAAGAGCCUUCACAAAGCAUACGCAUUAGGCCUCGACGAGUGAAGGAUUGCUGCGACGAGUGCAGGUGGAUUCGAUGUGGCAGUCGCCAGUCACAAAACUAGAUCUCCCAGACUCGUGUCUUCUGUGCGGCUUCUGAAGGAGCAUCGUGUGCGCGCCGCCAGCUCUAGAGCCUCUUCAGGACCAGGAGCAGCUGCUGGCGCUCCCUGCAUUGACUGGAGUUUGCGAUCUAGCUUAUUUUUAAUGUUUUGUGCCGAAAGAACGCUAACAUCUGCGACAAUUGGAAAGGAAGAAAAUGGGUUUUGUGCAAAAUUGCUAUAAAUAUUGUGAUGUUAUUGUUACAUUAAUUCAGGAAGCGAAUACAUUCUAAGUGUAUUUAAUUUCCAUCAGUAGGUCGACAUAGCCACAAAAACCUCUUAUGGAUGUGAUGCAGAGAACUCACACUCACUCAUUACGUAAUGUCCCUCGUUUUUUCAGGUAAUCAUUUAAAGACAAAUAUGAAUUAAUCGUGAUUUUUUUUAUUUCAAAGUAAACAUUGAAAAGUUUUAGUGUGUAUUUUACACCUUUGUAUAUAGUUCACUGGUUAUUCUAGAAUUUACAAUUUUCUUAGUAGAAAUUACAAUACUUUUUGCCUUUGAUUUAAUAGAGACUUUGCUUUCAAAAAUUAAAUGUUUAAUGUUUUUUUAUGAGUCAUUUAUUGCAUUAAUUAAGAUAAUGUGCAGUUGGCAGAAUCCUCUUAUUUUUUUAAUUUACUCAUGUAACUAUGUAAUAAUUAAGCGAACUAAUUAACUAUGUAAUAAUUACAUAGUUAACUUUUUUAUUUGCUGCCCAUGCAGUUUUAUGUUAUCAGUUCCAAUCCAUUUGAUGUAAUUUCUUUAAUAAAAUGAGCUCUAAAAUCUCAAGUGUACCUUCUGUAUAAGCCUAUUUCAUGAUUUGGAUACCAAUGUCAAAUUAGGGUCAAGAUUUUAAUAAAUAUUUG